AUGGGGAAUUCCUCAAGACUGAACACCACCUCAGCAGAGGCUCACAUGAACCUGGCCAUUGGCUGCUUUAUCUUCAUAUUCUUCCUAUUGGGAAUAGCUGUGAAUGGGCUGUUUCUCUGGCUGCUGGGAAUGAAGAUGAAGAGAACAGUCAAUACCCUUUGGUUCCUCCACCUGAUUUUCACCUACUUUAUCUCCUGUUCUUUUAUGCCUUUCUUUGCUGUCUACGUUCUUCUUGAUUUUGUUUGGGUCUUCGGCCUAUUUAUGUGCAAGCUUAUCAUCACCUCCUUUUCCCUGGGGACAUUCACCUCAGUCUUCCUACUCACCAUCAUCAGCCUGGACCGCUACCUCUUCACCUGCCACCCCAACUGGUCCCAACGUAACCGUACAGUCCGCCGGGCACAAAGACUGAUCAUUGGAGUGUGGCUUGUUUCUCUAGUCUUGAGUACUCCCUUCCUGGCUUUCCAGGAGACUCUCCCGGUAAAUGGCAAGACCCAGUGUAUCAAUCACUUUGCUUUCUCCUACGAGCCCCGAACAAAGGCCCCGAAUUUUGCUGUUCACUUGGCUUUCUUCAUAGUUCGGUUCCUCUUGGCCUUCCUGAUUCCCUUCAUCAUCAUCAUGGCCUGCUAUUGUGGGGUUGCUUGGGAAAUGAAGAAGAAGGGUCUGGUGAGGAGGACUGCAAAGCCAUUUAGAGUCCUGGUGGCUGCUGUGAGCUCGUUUUUCAUCUGCUGGCUUCCCUACCACAUCUACUACGCUUCACUGCUGAUUGAGGGAGUACCUGAAAUAACUCUCCAUAUUUUGUGGGUAAUUGUGGCCAUUGGGGGCUGUUUUAAUGUAUGCUUUACUCCCAUUCUCUAUCUCUUUGUGGGGGAAAAAUUCCAGGAGGUCUUCAAGAUGUCCAUCCUUGGUCUGCUUAAGAAAGCUUUUAAAGAUCUCCCCUUUGCACAAGAGGAUGAUACUGGAGCAGAAGGCCUCUCAUAG